AUGCUUAUCAACCUAUUGAUGUGUUGUUGUAAAAGUCCAACUUUAAUGUUCAUGUUAUUAAAUGACAUGGAAAAUAGUCUCUUUUCUCUGGUACACAACCACCCACUAGGUUGGCCUGACAACCUGGGCUUGAAAUCAAAUAUGCUUAUGAACAUGUUUGGACGACUUGAAACUGGUGGCUUCACAAUGCCAAACAAUACAAAUGUCCUCACACUCCUAGGCCAUGAACAAUUAUGCUUCUGGCUCUCAACCGUUGCAGCCAGUUUACUCAUCAUAGCACAUCUAGCAAUCAACCGGUCUGCCAGACUGCAUAGAAGAUUCCACUGGGUUUGAAGCUACACGGGAGACCCGAUAAAGGUCAAGGAAGAUGAAUUGGAGCAGUACCCACGAGAGGAAGCAGUUGGGUUGGUGCUGCCUUAGACUAAAUUUGGUUAAAUUAAUUUUGUACCCAACAUACGUGUUUUAAAAAGAGAAUAUAUCUCAGUUUGCUUCUACUUUACUUCAUUUUUUAAGCAUCAUACUUUCAUAGUCAACCAAUUAUAGCAUCAUACUUCCAUGACAAACGACUUAUAAACGAUGACACCAUCUUUAAUGUAAUGUCUUCCAUCGGUUUUCUUUGACAUAAGUGUCGAAUCCAAACCCCGCAAAACGGAGGCUUCUUAUCUAG